UUUUCUUGAUCGGCCUGACUUUUCCAUUGCCACGAGGCAUACUAUCUUAUGUUAGGUGGCUAUGAAGAAAGGCAAAACUACUCUAUUGAACUGUUUCUUUUGCAUUUUCCUUAAGGAUGACACUAAGUGUCUAUGGUUUAUGAUUUACAAAGAUGAAGCUAUGAAGCUUAUUGAGCAAUCAGCCAUGAGCAUGUAAUAUAUUAAGAGAAAUCAUUGGUAAUCAUCAAAAAAAGUACGCCUUUAUCAUGCCAUAGAGCUUUAAAUAGCAAGCUCAGCUAUCAUGGGUCAACAAACAACUGACCUAUUUGCUUAUUUAAACUCACUCAAGAGUUUAGAAAGACACAAAACUAUCAAGAUUGGUAUGGUUAAUGCCCAGAUGCAUUUGAAUGAAUGAGGCUAUAUAGUUUCACGGGGUUCUAAGGGUGGUUACAUGUCUUUUUUUGGCAAUGAUAUCACGCUUUUAAAAAAAGUUUACACAUGCUCUCAGUUAUUCCUUAGUACAGUAUUUAGUUCUUUUUCUUUUUAUUCAUCUUUAUUGCACUGAUUGCAACUACCAUCUCCACCACGAUCACUCUUUCGUCCAUGGUAUCCCGGUGUCUAAUUCAACAGUGGCUUUGACCUAUCACAUUGCUUAUCCCUACUCCCGUGAAAACCUAUGUAAUGAAACAUUAUAUAGUAUAAUUUAGGGUUUUUUAAUAUAAUUAUCAUUUGCAGGGUAGGGCUCAAGGUGCCUUCCCAAGGACUCCAUCCAAAAAGUGAUUGCCUUCUGCUUCAAAGGAUUAACGCAGGAUCUGGAAGCUAAUUUCACAUCUUCGAACAUGAUAAUGACUAUGGUUUUAAGGUACGAUUUGGUUAAAACCGGUUUCAGAUUGGGGUUAUGGAUUACGCCAAAUGUAAGAGAUUCAUAGUAUUUGAUGAUGAGGUUGAAAAAAUUGUUAUCAAUAUGUCAUUUACCUAUAAUGUACUGUACAAAUAUCAAAGAGAAUCAAAAAUCUAUUAUUAAUAGUUAUUCUCUGUCGUUGGUUUCGUUCACUUUUUCCGUUCGCUUCCGUCGCCGUUGCAGUCCGAUUUGAAGGUUAGUUCCCUCUUCCCCGUUCUCAUGGCGUCUUCUGAUUCCACUACUUCCGCUCCCGCUGUCGAUUCGGCGGUGGUUUGGUUUGAAGAAAUGUACCGUCAAGAUCCCUCCCUCCGCCCCAACGGCUUGAUGGGAGGAAUUGACCACUCUAGGGUUCUGAGUGCGGUGCCUCUUCACACGUCCGUCACCGUGGCGUCAACGUCCCGGGCACCGCCCUUGAGAAAGAAGAAGAAACCGAACGUUGCCAAAGGGAAGAACCCGAAAUCCUUACCCGUUACCGUGCUGGAAACGGGUCCGAUUACGAAUACGGGUUGUCUUCUGUUGGACGUUGACUUUGACGAGGCUCUCCGCUUCGUGGGUGACGGUUACACAGUGCGCCGACCGCACACGACCAACCAUGUUUUCUCUGUGACCUGUCCCGACGCCGAGGUCGGGGUGCACGUGGCGUCAAUGCGCUACGGCCUUCGUUUCCCUCCUCACGAUCUGAUAGUCCAAUUUCUGAAUUUCUACAACCUUCUGCCGGGUCAGCUCAGUCCCCACUCCUACUAUUGUUUCUCAAUUUUCCUGAUCAAGUGUCACCAGAGGGGAGUCCCCUGGUCUUUGGAUCUAUUCCGUUACAUGUUCAAGAUCUCCAAAGUGGGGGCCCUUGAGGGAAAUUCGUAUGCCGUCGUUUCCUCCCAGGCCGAGUGUGGGAUGGCCGUCUUCCCCUCGUCCUUGAAACUCUGGAAGGCCAAGUUUGUGUUCAUUUCUGGUUUUCCUGGGGGCCGGCAUCCAUUUCGCGCCAGGUUCCCCGUCUGUCACACGUUCGUUCGUCAUCCUCGUCCCCAGGCCACUCCCGAGCUUCUCGCAUACACGCAGAAACUUUUGGAGGACUGCCGCCCCAAACCGCCCCACGUGUACACUAUCUGCACAGAACAGAAUUUGGCGGAGGUGGGGAUGCUUAUCUCCCUCGAGCGUCAAUUCGAAUUGACCGAGGCCGUGCUUGGGGGUCGUCCCAAGCAUGGGCUUGAGGAUAGUGCUCCGAGGUCGGAGGAUCUGGAGUCGGGGGGCGAAGAAGUGGAGGACGACGAGGAGGUGGAAUCCGACGAAGAAUCAGAACAGCCACCCUAUUCCGAGGGGAUUGCUGACGUGGAUCCUUCCGUAGGAGAUAUGAAUCCGGUGGAUAUGAUCCGCAAGGCCAAGCUGCUGGCUCGAAAUCGCAGCAGAGGAGAAGAGGUGCAACAGAAAACGUCUUCUGAGAACGCAUCUGGGCCCAUUGUUCCCGUCCCGAACCCGGAGACGGCCUCGACCCGGAACCUGAGGAAGAGGAAGGUUAUCCAAGUCGAGGAUGAAGAUACCGCGUCUGAGCAGGACAUGGUCCUGAAUCAGGACCCGAUGAGCAAACGGCCGACCGGCCCUCUGGGUGGGAAGUGUCCCAAUUCCUCCGACAAGGUUGAUGGGGAUGCCAAUACCGAGGCUGAGGCCGCAUCCCUCUCUGCGGUGCUGAAGGAAGAGGAUAAGAUCCUCCUGUCUUUGCAAAAGCUGGUGGAAAAGGCAUCGGCGAAACUGAACUUGAUCAGUCAGCGCCGAGCUGGGGUUGGAUUCUCCGCAGGCGUAGAUUCCUUGGCCUCGGUGGAAUUGGAAUUGUCCCGCCUAAGGAAAUUGGCGGAAACCGAGCAUGAGCAGGCCGUCGAGCUCCAAAUGCAAGCCGUGGCGAAGUCUGAGGAAGUGCGGUCAGCGGAAACAGAGCGGGACCAGCUCCUCGCCGAGAGGGAACAAGCUGCCGCUGAGAAAGAGCGCGCCAUCUCCGACUUCCUCCAAUCCCCUUCCUUCAAAGAAACCUGCCUGGAGAGGAUGGCCGCCUACUACGAAGAUUGGAUCAAGACUGAGGCCGGCAUUGCGAAGAUGGGCGUGGAGGGGACGACGUGGUUCGAGAGUGGCGUCUAUCACGGGAUCAAGCUCGUCCUUCGCCGGACCAGAAGAGUAGAUCCGUCCUUUCCCCCGCCUGGGGUUGAUAUCCCCGAGAUGCAUGAUCCUAACUUGAACGCCGAGCUUGGGGAGAACCCGUUCUCCCUUGGGACGCCCGAGCACGAAGAAAAGGAUGCAGAAGACACCGGCGACGAACAACCCUCUAACAUUCUUCCUUAGUGUUUUCCUUGUAAUUUUUGAAAUCUCUUCUCUUUUGUAACCAAAGAUUUUGUCACUGUUUUGCUGCAUGCGUGAAUAGUUGAUAGAUUUCUGACAUUAUUUAUUUGGAUAAAUUUGAAUUGCGCCUUUUGAGGAACUGACUCUUUGGCUUCCCCACGCAAGCAGACCUAACCACUGGACCGUCACGCUGUGCCAAACACGUGUCACUGCGCACAGUUCCACUUCCAAUCACCGCGACUGUUUGACUUCCUUAUCUCUUCGUGCAUGGUACUAUAAAUUGACCUUCCCCCU